AAUGGUGAUAAAACUGCUCUGCGUGCUGUACUGCUUUGCACUGCUGCCUCGAUGGCUGGAUGCAAAGUCACUACUGAAUAUGAUAAAACAGGAAGACGUGGCACCGGUGAGCAUAGAUGCAGAGAAGGCGAAUGGUUUCCUCUCAAGUUCGCGGGGCCGCCGCAGUGUGGACCCCCGCUGGUACCGACAGACUCCUGACUUCCAGGCUUAUUAUCGCUACUACAGCAGUAUCGGCCACACAGAGGGGUUGUAUGAGAUUGAUAAGAUAAGGAUGCUGUAUCAGCAGAUGCGCCACCUGGAACACGUUUACGGCCCAAAUGCCUCAUACUACCAGAGCAAACUAGGCAUUCCCGUCCUGCCACCACUGCCUAAAUGUGAUCCGGCCAAAGACAAGAACUGCAAACCACCCCCUCCUUCCCCUGCCCCAGAGAAAAAGCCUGCCCCUCCUGUGCCAGCUCUGGUUAAAGGCCUUACCCCCCCAGCUCCAAUAUCCCAGGCUGAUGUUGUUUACCUCUGCAAUGCUAAAGAUCCACUCUGCAAGCCACAUAUUGUCUACAUGCCCACAGGGGCGGUGCCGGUACUGUGUGAUCCCCGUUACCACCCCACCUGUAAGCUGGAGGGUCCCCCAGCUCCUGCCCCUGUCCCCAUCGUGAUCAAGAAAGUUGCCCCACCCCCGAAGGUUGCCCCGCCCCCACCACCUAUCAUGUAUAAGGGAAUGGAGUACGAUUGCGACCCCUACUGGGAUCCCGACUGCCUCAUAGAUAAUCCACCUCGUUUCAUCAAGGGAAAGGUGGCCAUGCCCCCUCCAGUACCCCAGCCUGAGGAAGAUGAGGAGGAAGAGGAGGAGGAGGAGGCAUCAACUCCGGCCCCGCCUGCCCCAGUUGUUAAGAAACAUCCUGUUCCUUACUAUGGUUACCCCUAUUACCCAUAUUACCCCUAUGACUUCCAGUCUGAGCUGUAUGAUUCCCGACGUUACUCUUACCCCUCAGCUGAUACUAACACUGACAAAUAGAGCAAUGUUUGCAUCAGCAAUAAACA